CAGCUGCUAGCGCAGUGGCUGCCGCCGCUGCUGCCCGGCCACAGCUCCGCCCGCGGAGGGGCCGCCCGGCCGCCGCUGCCUGUCUCGCACAUCCACCUGCAGCUGGCCACAAACGGUACCGGUAAUGGUGGCAGCAGCAGCAGCGGCAGUGGUAGUGGUGGGGUGCCCCAGCGCUGCCAGCCGCUGCGAGGCGCUACCUCAUUGGGAGCGCUGGGGGCGGGAGGCGGCGCUGAGUCGUCCAGCAGGCGGCACCUGGGAGGCGGAGGAGGCGGCCAGCAGGGGGCGCAUGCGCAGCUGGUGCUCACCUACUGGAUUGCUCCCCCCGAGUAGCGGGGUGGCUCAGCUGCUGUCGUGCAGCGCUGCCGUCGGUGUGGAUGCUGGGAGGUGGUAAGCAGCACUGGUGAGCGCUGCGUGGGACUGCCAGCAGCAGCAGGAGCUGAGGUAACAGGUGCAGGGAGUGACAAUGCAUGGGGUGGAUGCAAGGCAUGACCUGCACCGGAGACUGUGUAGGAGGGAGAGAGGUUUGGUACGACUAGGUUGAGGUACGGCUGCAUGCCGCUGACGCGCGGGUAUCCUGGCUGGUGGCAUGGGGAGCAGAUUGAAAUCUGGUACUGGGGUACUG